UUGAACUGGCGAGAGAAGUUAUAUGCUUGUGUUGAGCAAAAUACAGAGCUUGUAUCCAUGGCCAACCUCGAUCCCACGGGUGUGCUGAGAGCGCUUGUUUCUGAAGCUGUUAGAGAAGUGAUUGGGCUUGCCAAGUCUGCCAUUCAUUGCAAGAAGAAGUGCAGCGAGUUGGAAGUUUCAUUGACCGAAGCAUCAGAUCUGCUAGGUGAAAUGAAGAGAUAUUCUGCUGCCCAGGGCUCUCUGAGCUCCUCACAACUGGAUUCCUGGCUGAAAGCCCUCCAAGCCAAGGUUGAAGAGGCUAAACCUCUUAUUCUUGAGUGCCAGUCGCUGCAAAAUCCCAUUCUGGAUGGCCUAAAGAGGAUACAGCUUGCUACCAAGAUCGAACACUGCUCCAAGGCGAUCCAUGGGCACUUGGCUGCAGCUCCUCGAAAUCUUGAUGUUGAGAUUCUACAUACAUUGAAGAAGCAAAAGGAGGUGCCCUCUAAUGUGGUUCCACAGGAAGAACAGCAUGUUGUUCCUCUGGAUAAGCACAUUUUCGGCAUGGAAGAGACGCUGGAGCGGGUUGUAUCAGACUUGCUGGGGUCCCCUGCAAGCAGCAAGUGGGUUGGAGUCCAUGGAGCAGGAGGUGCUGGAAAAACACUCCUGGCCAAAAAAGUAUGUGACAACGAUCAAGUCAAGGGGUGUUUUGAUCCAGUUUUGUGGCUAACAUUCGGUCAGUCGGUUCAGGUGGAAGCAAAGCAAGACGAACUUGCCAAAAAAAUCCGACUAGAAGGUGAUCAGAUCAGCAAUGAAACACUGGGGAGGGGGCUUGUUGGGAAGAGAUGCUUGCUGGUGUUGGAUGAUGUCUGGAAGUCCAUCCAUUUGGAUCUCUUGGAUGUGGUCCAAGAGAAUGGAAGCAAGAUCUUCAUUACCACUCGAAAACGUGAUGUGCUUGACAGUAGAGGUGCAAUCAAAACCGAAAUGGGGCUCUUGGGAAAGGAGGACAGCAUGAAGUUGUUCGUAGUCCACGCAUUCCCUAACCAAAAUCAUGCUCAAGUCACCAAGGCAGUGGUGGAGCAAGUUGUGGAAAAGUGUGGGGGGCUUCCACUGGUCUUGAAGGUAAUUGGCAGAAGAAUGGCAGGCACACAAGAUUGGGACUAUGUUCUGAGCAAACUCAAGGAUCAACGACUUAUUGCUCUUGAUGAGGAACAACAGGUACUGGAGCGACUCAAGCUGGGUUACGAUGCAUUGUUGCCUCUUCGCAUCCAGCAGCACUUUCUCUUCUUCGCAGCAUUUCCAGAAGACUAUCCGAUUGGAUUUUGGGAGCUGUUCAGGUGUUGGAAAGGCGAAGGGCUGGUUGCCAACAUAGCAGAGGCCACGAAUGUUCUAGAAAGGCUCAAGAAUCACGCACUUAUCACUGAAGAAGAACAAGAAAGUUGGGAAAUAGUGCCGAGACAAACGAAGUAUUACAGGAUCCACGAUGCGUUGCUGGCUCUUGCUUUGCACAUCCUGGAACGAGAAGGCCCCAAGUGUUAUUUCAAGGCUGGGCAGUCGCAGAUGAGGGAUGUGGGGGACGCCUUCACGAGUAACUACAGCAGGAUUUCACUGUUUGAGUGUGGAAUUUCGGAAAUCCCUCUGCCUAAGAAGAACAGGGUCAAAGUUUCCAGCACCACUUGCCUGCUCUUGGAUUAUAAUCUCGACCUCACUGCAUUGCCAAGCCUCUCUCUUUUCAAAGGCUUGAAGGUUUUGUGCCUGAGUCGCACUGGGGUGGUAAGUUUGCCACAUAGCAUUGGACAGCUCAAGACUCUGGAGACUCUGGAUUUGUCUUCGAGUAGGUCACUCCAAAGCAUCCCAGAUUCACUGGGCAACUUGGCGAAUUUAUCAUAUUUGAACUUGGAAGGCUGUUUGCGACUAAAGUCUUUCCCUGUGGAUGCUUUGCUCAAACUCACCAAGCUGGUCUACUUAAACGGAAGGGGAUGUUGUGGAAUGUGGACAUGCCACAGGCUGCAUCAUCGGCUUUUCAAACAGAAGAAAUGCUUGAACAGGAGGUUUGGAAGACUCUAUCUGGAUGGGAUGUUUCAGGCAUUGACAAAGUUGGAGGUGUUGAUUAUUGAUACACAGUUGGCUGUGGAUCUACCAGCAAGCACAGGCAAACUGGCCCAUUUGAAACAGUUGGAAAUACAGGGUUGCAAACAGGGAAUAUGUGACAGCUUUCAAGGCUUGCCCGACCUUGAGAUUUUGAAACUCUGGGGAUUGGAGCUUCCAUUGACCUCAGACUGGGACUGGAGCAGAUUUCCGAGGUUGAGAACUUUGGAAGUGAGCUGCUUUGGGAAAAGUGACUUUAAAGUAACCUGCAGCAUGGAGAACUUGCAGGAAUUGAAACUCUGGGGAUUGGAGUUUCCAUUGCCAGACUGGGACUGGAGCAGAUUUCCGAGGUUGAGAACAAUGGAAGUGGGACACUUUGGGCAAAGUGGCUAUAAAGUAACCUCCAGCAUGGAAAACUUGCAAAAAUUGGUUAUUAAGGCCAAUAACCACCUUGAGGGGCUUCCUUUCUUAACACAGGAAAUGUUUCCCACGCUGACAAUACUCUGCCUUGAGGGAUGCCAAAAGUUGAUUGGGGUGCCCACCAUCUCUCAACUGGCAUCACUCAAGGUCCUCAACAUCGCCAGGUGUCCCUCCUUGAAGGACCUCUCCAUCUCGUUCCUUCCAAAUCUAGAGAUAGUUCUUCUAGAUACCUGCAACGAAGUGACUACCAUCAACAUAUCCGAGUGCCCAUCACUGACAGUUGUUCAAAUUCGCUCCUUUCGCAUGCAUGCCCGUGUUGCAUUCGGUGGCAACUUCCCACGACUUGAAGCAAUAACCCUUGGUGGAUUUGAACAGCUUCCAGACUCUCUAGGUGCCAUGGAUGCCUUCUCACAGCUGAGGUGGCUGCAACUAUACAGCUGUGGUAUUGACCAACAACCAGAAUGGUUCGCAUCACUCACAACGUUGAGAACUCUGGGAUUAAAUUUUUUGGAGAACUUGGAUGUGAUACCCGAUGGUGUUGCAAGGCUUCCUUUGCUAAGGGAGCUUGAUCUGAGAGGUUGCAAGAAGAUCAACAUGUUACCCUUUGCAGAUUCUGAAGACAGCUCCUUCUAUCCAUCCUUGGAGAACUUAUGCUUGAGAAACACAUCUGUCUCUCAAGAGCACCUCUCGGAACGCCUUCGAAAAAUUGCAAAGGUUUAAUGGGAAGUUUUUUAGAAGAUGAGGACCUCUGCAAUAACCAAAUCUCAAAUUAACGAAGCUUUGGAACAAUGCAAAGAGUCCAUCUUUCAUGAUCAGUGUCAUGUUGGCAGUACUCCAGUUCAACCUGGAAAACGAACAGACAGAAUCAUAGUACCAAAGCAACAAGCCUCGUUUUACCUCGAGCAAACAAACCAGCACCCAUAAAGAGAUCACGCACAGGUUCGCACGAGAAUCAAGACGGAGCAUCUUCAUUUCAUACAAACCUGGCCAUCUUGAGAGUGCUCCACCGGGUAGAUGCCAAGAAGAGCAUCUCGCUCGCGAUCUGACGAAGCCGAGCGUGGUAUUCCGCCGAGGGAUCCACCGCUGCGCGGCCUGGCGGCUGCUGCUGGAUGCUGUUGGUGAUAUCCACGCAGGUGUUCCAGAUCCGGUAGCUCAGCUUCCAGAUUUGCAGCCGCUGCUCCUCGGAGAGCUCGGAUUUGAGGCCAAGCACGCAUUCUUGGAGUUCGGAGAAGUCUGCUCGAUGUUGCAAACGAGGCGCUCGAUUCUCCGCAGCGGAUUCACAGUAGCCUCAUCCCUGGAUCCCUGGAUCACUAAGUACCUCCGAGAUGAGCAUCGUGAGAGGAAGCGAUCGCCGCGUAGCCCUAGAAUAUUUUCCCUUUCCUCUUUGUUAGGGCUCGGGAAUCGAUCGGUGCGCCAUGGGACAGCAAUGGAGGCGUGGAAGGUAUGGAAUCUCUCGUAGUUGCCGCUUCACAGCUUUAGUCUUACCACUGUGUGAGCUUGAGCAAGAUUUUCCGCGAGAAGUACGUUCGCUACACGAGUGGUGCUUUAGUUCCUGCCAUCCGUUUUUAAUGGUUUCGUUUAAAAAAUUCCUGGUUGUCUGGAGGAAUCUCUGAUCAUGAGUCCUUCUGGUGAAGCAGCUCGAGAGGACGGAUCCAGAGAGCUCCCUCAGCGUCAUGUCAAGGACGAAAUUCCCAAAUCGUCUUCGCCAACGAUUCACUACCUUCUGCGGAGGAGUGAGUAUCGACAUACUCUCUUCAGCGGCAUCGUCACACUCAGUCAGCAUCAUGGGAGGCUUCCUGAUAAUGCUCGUUGUGGCCUCGGCAAAUACUUACACUUGUGAUCUGCUUCUCAAACAAGCUUAUUCUCGAUUAUGAGUCUCUCGCUUUCCACAUUGGCGGGAAGUGGUGGAAGGUUCUCUCUUUUUUUUGUUUUUCUUUUCUUUUUUUAAGUUUCUAAAAGCUUUCUCUCUUUUCUUUUUUUUCACACCUUCCUACCGAAAUGAGCAUAGUGGUUCUGCUCAUUGGGAAUGCCAACAGGUAGUAGGCGUGUGCUUAUGAUCCUGUCCGUCGUCUUCAUUGUCGCUCCACUUUGCCUGGUCGAAAAAGUGAGACAAGUAUAAUUUUGACAUUUUUUGUCUUUUGAUUUAACUUCAAUGCAGCUCGAAUUUUUUGCAACUGUAGGAACAUCGAUUGUAAUCUGGCUAGAAACUUUCAGUAUUUUUACCUUGAUUGACAGGCUGACCACCAAUAUUCUAUUGACCGCAACCACGACAUUCUUUUCUUA